ACGCUGACCACGAAGUAUCAAGUCAAGAGCAUUAUUGUCUAGACUAGACGGUCUAGUGUGUCUUGUGCGUUAGAAGAAGCUGCUGUAGCAUUUACUAGAAUGCAUAGUGAUAAUUCACGUGGGCAGAACGAGCAACGUUCGCUUGUUGAAGCCUGUACUAAUGGUGAUGCUGAAACUGUUAGAAAAUUAUUAACUAAAGGACGCAGUGUCCACGAAACUACUGAGGAAGGCGAAAGUCUGAUUUCUCUUGCUUGUUCUGCUGGAUAUUAUGAAUUAGCGAAGGUACUGUUAGCAAUGAACGCCAACGUUGAGGAUAGAAGUAUCGAAGAAGACCGCACUCCGCUGAUGGAAGCUGCGAGUGCUGGUCAUAAUGACAUUGUUGGUUUGCUCAUCGCUCAUGGGGCAGACGUCAAUGCGCGAUCUACUUCCGGUCAUACACCAUUGAUGUACGGAUGUGCUGGUGGCCACGAGGAGCUAGUUAAGGCAUUACUUGAAGCUGGCGCAAAUGUUGAAGAUCAUAAUGAAAAUGGGUAUACACCAUUGAUGGAAGCAGCAAGUGCUGGCCAUGUGCCAGUAGCUAAAAUCUUAUUGGAACAUGGUGCCAACAUUAAUACUCAUUCGAAUGAAUUUAAAAAAUCGGCAUUAACACUCGCGUGUUACAAAGGUCACCCUGAUAUGGUCAGAUUUUUGAUGGAAGCAGGUGCUGAUCAAGAGCACAAGACGGAUGAAAUGCAUACUGCGCUGAUGGAGGCAUCGAUAGACGGUCAUGUAGAAGUAGCCCGACUGUUGUUGGACUCAGGUGCCCAAGUUAAUUCGCUGACUGAUAGUUUUGACUCGCCAUUAACACUGGCUGCGUGUGGUGGUCAUAUUGAUUUAGCGAUGCUUUUAAUCGAACGUGGAGCAAACAUCGAGGAGGUUAAUGACAAGGGUUAUACAUCAUUGAUGGAAGCUGCACGUGAAGGUCAUGAAGAUAUGGUGACAUUACUCUUAAGUCAGGGUGCGAAUAUUAAAGCUCAGUCUGAAGAGACCCAGGAAACGGCACUCACGUUAGCGUGUUGUGGUGGUUUUCUUGAAGUUGCUGAUAUUUUAAUCAAAGCCGGAGCUGAGAUUGAGCAGGGAGCAUCAACGCCUCUCAUGGAAGCUGCUCAAAAAGGUCAUCUGGAUCUUGUACGUUAUCUCCUUGAGUCUGGUGCAGAUGUUCAUGCUCAGACUCAAACCGGUGACACAGCACUUACCUACGCGUGUGAGAAUGGUCACACGGAUGUUGCAGAUCUUUUACUUCAAUUUGGUGCGGAUUUAGAGCACGAAUCUGAAGGUGGACGAACACCUCUGAUGAAAGCCUGUCAGGCUGGGCAUCUGUGCACCGUACAAUUUUUAAUAUCUAAAUUGGCCAAUGUCAAUCGCAAUACGACCAAUAACGAUCAUACGCCAUUGUCGCUUGCCUGCGCUGGCGGACACCUUGCGGUUGUCGAGCUAUUGCUUACCCAGUCUGCUGAUCCAUUCCAUAAACUCAAGGACAAUUCAACUAUGCUGAUUGAGGCAGCCAAGGGUGGACACACCAGUAUUGUUAAACUAUUUCUUGACUAUCCUCAUAGUACUAUGUUGAAUGCUCAGCAUAAUGCUGCUACCCCUGCCCCUAUGCUGCAACAAGUAAUUCAACCACAACCUUUGCCUCAACAACAAGCACCAUCAAUUCAACAGCUCCAACAUCAACAACACCAACAACAGAGUCCUGAACAAAACCAAAACCAAAAUUUACAAGCGCAGCAAGUGCGGACUCAGCCUGCAGGUGAAGCUAUCGCUGCAUCGAUAGAUGACACAAAUAUCGUAGAUAAAGGUAGCGAUGUUUUUACCAGUUUAUCAGAACCUAAUAUUGCAUUAAGUUCAACGCCAUUACCUGUUACUGCGUCCACGUCUGCUGAGAGUCGUAAAAAUUCGCAACACGAAAAAAUUCUUCAUAAACAACAAAUUCUCGAAGAAUUACAGAGGAUAGAACGCGAACUUCAGAUCAAAGGCGCAGGCCAUUUGUUUUUAGGUAUUCCCAAUUUAGAUGAACAAAAAAGACAACUAAAAUCCGGUGAUGGUGCGGGUUCAACUGAUUCACUACUAUCAGGAAUGUCGAAUAUUAAUUUAUCAGCUCAAUCAGCUACUGCACUUCAUGUUGGUCCAGACAAUCAAUAUGAAUUAGAGCUUAAGAAAUUUGGUAUUUGUGACAAAGAACAAGAGCAGCUCUCAAAAGACCUUGUAUCCAUGGAAAAACAUCAGGUAUUGCGUCAAGUUGAGCAGGAUGCCAACGGCUCUGGAAGACGAUUUAGUAAGAAAUCAAAUCGAGGAAAGUUUCUAGAUGAUGUUUAUAAGAAAGGUUUUAUACGCGGUUUGCGUAUGGGAGCUGCGCAAAUACGUAGCAGUGAAUCACCUUAUGAGGAAUCUAAACUCGAUCCAACAAUUAUAGAUAAUCUAGUGCUGGGUUGGAAUCUAAAUGCAGCUACACGGAACAAGGACAAAAAUGGAGCUAAAGUUAGUGCUGGUACUAGUAGCAGUAGCUCAAGUAGCAGCAUUAGUAGUAGCAGUGCAAGCAGUAAUCUGGUUCAAGUAGCAAAGCAGACUCACGAACUGGCAACGAGUACCGUGACAAGCCUUACGGUACCCGAUGAAAAACAAGUAUAUACCGUAAAUGCCUGUACUAAAGAGAAAAAAGCUAAGCAUGCUCUUUUAUCACAGCAGCCUUCUCCAUGCCAACAGCAGCAGCCGCAACCGCAACAACAACAAACCACUGCUGGUCCGGUAGUAGUUGGUCAUGUUCAACAGCAACAAAUUCAACAAAGUUAUGAAUUAGAUCCAGCGAUAAGUGUACCAGUUGGAGCGUAUGCAGGCAGUAUUGUAGUAUCUACAGGUGCACAGGUCACUACAGAUCCAGCACCUGAUACUUAUCCACCGGAAAAUCAGAAUCAGCAAUUCGCUAGUAUGGAUGUUGAUUCAGAAAUAGAUAGCAAUCAUGACACGGCAUUAACGCUUGCAUGUGCUGGUGGUCACGAGGAACUCGUUGAAUUUCUACUCAGUCGUGGUGCGGACAUUGAACAUCGUAAUGAAAAAGGUUUUACACCAUUAAUAUUAGCAGCAACUGGUGGACAUGAAAAAGUUGUUGAAAUACUUUUACAUCACAAUGCAGACAUUGAAGCGCAGUCUGGACGUACUAAAGAUACACCAUUGUCACUUGCUUGCAGUGGUGGAAGAUUUGAGGUUGUAAAACUAUUACUGUCUCGUAACGCCAAUAAAGAACAUCGCAAUGUAUGUGACUAUACACCACUGAUUUUAGCUGCAUCUGGCGGUUAUGUCAAGAUAGUAAAACUUUUGCUGCAAAAUGGUGCUGAACUAAAUUCACGAACAAGUUCAAAACUUGGAAUAACUCCAUUGAUGCUUGCUGCUAUGAACGGUCAUACUCAGACAGUUAAAUUACUUUUGGAUAUGGGUGGUGAUGUUAAUGCGCAGAUUAAAACAAACCGUAAUACUGCUUUAACUCUUGCUUGCUUCCAAGGUAGACAUGAAGUUGUAAGUCUGUUACUUGAUAGUAAAGCAAAUUUUGAGUAUCGACCGAAAACAGGAGUAACACCAUUAAUGGAAGCCGCCAGUGGUGGUUACGUUGAAGUUGCUCGUGUUUUAUUAGCUGAAGGCGCGGAUGUUAAUGCAACUCAUAUAUUCUCGGGUGAUACUGCCCUUACUAUUGCCGCUGACAACGGUCACUACGGUUUUGUUGAAUUUUUAUUAGCACAUGGUGUCCUAGUUGAGGUUAAAAAUAAAAAAGGUCAGAGUUCGUUGUGGCUCGCUGCAAAUGGCGGGCAUCUUAACGUUGUUGAACUUUUACACAAUGCCCAUGCUGACAUUGAUUCACAAGACAAUAAUAAAGUGUCUUGUUUAAUGGCAGCGUUUCGUAAAGGACACACUAAAGUUGUUGAAUGGAUGGUUGGUCAUGUAACGCAAUUUCCAAGUGAUCAAGAAAUGACAAAGUAUAUUGGUACUGUUAUUGACGAAGAACUAUUGGAAAAGUGUCAAGAGUAUGUUAAAAUAAUACGCGCUGCUAGAGAAACUCGAGCAGCUACAGCCUAUAAAAAUGCCAGUAUACUUUCGAAAGAAUUAGAUGUGGAAAUAAAUACCAUUUGUUAAUUUUAACAACUUAAUUUGGUUUUUUUUUUUUUUUUUUUUUUUUUAAGCGCAAGGAAAAAAAUUCUAUCUCGAUUACGGAUCUAGAUCAUUGAAAAAUUCAAGUUUCCCAUUUAAAUAACACAAGAAAUUUUUUUUUUCAAGCUCAGAGUAUUUUUAACUCGUUAACAGAUCAAUAGGUCGAAUAGAUAAUGUAUAUUUUUGUAGGAAAUGAAACGCUCUACAAAAAAGGUCUUUAUAAUUUUUUAUAAAUCUACCCUUUCAUAAGUUUUUUCAAGUUAAAGUUUAAACUACAAUAAAUUUCGACAUUGUUGGACUUUUUUGGCGGAACAAUUAGACUUGUAACAAAAUGUCGGAUCCUUUUUCGAAGACAAUUUCGUUUUCUACAAUUUAUCUCUAAAACAUUUUUCGAAACUCCGAUACGCUCUUUAGUUAUUUGCAUUUAAAAUUAAUUUUCUUUUAAAAAACUGUCUCCUGAUUUUGAUUGAUUAUAAAAAUACAAAUCGUAGAUUUUUUUUACUUGAAUUUUUUUUAUCUAUGAUUAUCAAAUUAUUGAAAAAAGUUAAUUAUAAUGUACUUAUCCAUGAUCCUGAAGUUGGUAGACAAUUAAAAAUUUUAGGGUUUUAUUUUGAACAAUUAAAUUUGAAGAAAAAAAGAAACUGAAAAAAUGCACAUGUAGAAAAUUAAAAAGACUAUAAGUGUAAUUUUUUUUAAUAUUUUUUUUUUCAUAAUUUAUUGUUUUUAAAAAAUCCUAAAAUUAUUAGACGUCCGCUAACUUCAGUAUCAUACUUAUUCAAGAGACAAUCGCAGAUUGAUAUUAUUUAUUUUUACUAAAAAAUAUUUUUUGAAUAACGGGAACAUUUCUAUCGAAGUUUAUUCAAAUAAUUAAUAAGUACAUUAAUUUUUUCUAUAAUUUUUAAAUGAUAACAUUUAAAUAUUGACAAAAUAGUCAAGACUACCAGAUUUUGUAGUAUUGAGAUAAUUAACAACUCCAGGAGAGUAUUCCAAAAUUAUUUUUG